AUGGAGAGGAAGGAACAAACCAUGACCUUCUACAGUCCUGAGGUCACCAAAAUAAAAGGGGACCGGAAAUACCAAAGGCCUACCCUUCCCACCAACAAGCACUCGAUGCCAGCCCAGAUGCGUCAGCAGUAUGUGGAUCAGGGAUACACCUACACCCGGAUGUUUGGUGGCAGCCUCUCUGGCUUUAGCCUCCUGGUGCUGAUCUGCACAUCUCCCCUGAGCUGGGUGCAAUUCCUGGUGACCAACAAUGGCCUUGAGCUCAACGCAGGACUCUGGACCUUAUGCAACCAUGAGCUGUGCUGGAGCCACGCACCCAAGCCACCCUAUUACCUCCAGUAUUCCAGGGCCUUGUUCAUCAUCUCCAUCCUCUGCAUCCUCACUGGCCUGGCCUUGCUCCUCAGCUCUUGCCGCCCUGCAGAAGGAAUCGUGUCCUCUAAGUUGGAUCUGAAGGUGUCCAUCCUCAGCUUCUGCUCAGCUGUCUGCUUGCUCCUCUGCCUCAACCUGUUUCUGGCCCAGGUGGAAUGGUACACAAAGAGCACCAUGGAGUCAGAGUUCCUGUGGGCCUAUUAUCUUAAUUGGUGCAGUGACGUCUUGUAUAUCUGUGCUGGGAUCAUCUCUUUCCUCAACUACAUAACUUUCCAAUCUCAUCCUCCUGAUGAAAGUGUCAGUAUGAUCCCACAGCAGAAGUCCAGACUGAGCUUCGGUCCAGGGCCGACAAUACCGCCCGCUACAGCUGCAAAGUCAAGUUCUGAGAUUGAACUUCUAAGUUUGGGAGGGAAGAAAGAAGCAAGUGUGAGCAGGGAGAAACAACCAAGGACACAACUGUGA